GUAUAUAUAUAUAUAUGAAAUGAAACACUAGUACUACUACUAUUACUUCAACAUAUAGUAUAUAUAUUAUAAUAUAUGCAAAGUAAGAAGGCAAAAGGAUCAAGUGUGAGAUGAUGGAGAGAGAAGAAAAAGAAGAACAAGAACAACAACUAGAAGAAGAAGAAGAAGAAGAAUCAUCAAGGUUCAAGAGGGUAUGUGUGUUUUGUGGUAGUAGCCCUGGGAACAAGAGUAGCUAUAAGGAUGCUGCUAUUGACCUUGGCAAAGAACUGGUGUCAAGAAAUAUUGAUUUGGUUUAUGGAGGAGGCAGCAUUGGCUUGAUGGGAUUGGUUUCUCAGGCUGUUUAUGAUGGAGGUCGCCAUGUUAUUGGAGUUAUUCCCAAGACACUCAUGCCAAGAGAGAUUACUGGAGAGACAGUGGGGGAAGUAAAAGCAGUGGCAGGCAUGCAUCAAAGAAAGGCAGAGAUGGCUAAGCAUUCUGAUGCCUUCAUUGCUCUACCAGGUGGCUAUGGAACUCUUGAGGAGCUUCUUGAGGUCAUAACCUGGGCUCAGCUGGGAAUCCAUGACAAACCAGUGGGGUUACUGAAUGUAGAUGGAUACUACAAUUCGUUAUUGUCUUUCAUUGACAAAGCUGUGGAAGAAGGCUUCAUUAGCCCUAAAGCUCGCCACAUAAUUGUAUCUGCCCCUUCACCAAAAGAACUUGUCAAAAAGAUGGAGGAAUAUUCCCCACAACAUGAAAGAGUUGCAUCUAAGUUAAGCUGGGAAGCUGAGCAAGUAGGAUCAUACACCUCAAAUUGUGACAUCUCAAGGUGAUUAAUUAGAUGAUGAUGAUGCAAGAAGUGGUAGACAGUGUUGUUAGUGUAAUUAAUUAAUGGCUUAAAGCUAAGUGAAACUAUUAAUUAUUGUUGUUGUUAUGACAAAUUUUCCCAAGACAGGAUCCUAUCCUUUAAUUUGCAUUUUUUCUUGGUGAUUAGUGUAAGUGUUACAAAACUGACUGCAAUCUUAA